GCUCCGAGGCUGGCAGCCUCAGGGGUCGCGUGCCUUGAAAGCAAGGCAGCGGAGUUUGAAAAGCAACCGGAUUGCCGUGUGACCGUGGUGUGGGAAUACGAGGCGAGCUCCCUUGCGCCAUGAAAACCCAAGAUGUCCCUACGGCUCGCGGCCGUGGUGGACGCUUGACGAGGAGGCCCGGGCUGGGUGGGUAGAAAGGAGAAAGAGAGGAGGCGGAGGCAGCAGCAGCCAGGGGCGGCUCCUUGGCCUUACUCAGCGGCCAUUUGCCUCCGCCCCUCGUAGCCAGCCCGGGAUUCAUUUCCUUCGUAUCUACCGACGCCGCCGGUCGGGUCGGGAAGCGGCGCGCAGGUGCGAGGAGACGAGGACGAGGGGCAGGUGGACUGUAAUGAUGCUGAGCUUCUUUCGACGAACCCUUGGGCGCAGGUCUAUGCGCAAACAUGCCGAGAAGGAAAGGCUGAGAGAGGCUCAGCGAGCAUCAACUCAUAUCCCUGCAGCUGGUGAUGAAAAAUCAAUAAUUACCUGCCGAGUCUCUUUGCUGGAUGGAACUGAUGUUAGCGUCGACCUGCCGAAAAAGGCUAAAGGACAGCAUCUGUUUGAGCAGAUCAUGUAUCAUCUGGACCUCAUUGAAAGUGACUACUUUGGACUACGAUUCAUGGAUUCAGCACAAGUUGCACACUGGUUGGACAACACCAAAAGUAUUAAAAAACAAGUUAAAAUUGGCCCACCCUAUUGUCUGCAUCUUCGUGUAAAGUUUUAUUCUUCUGAGCCAAACAACCUACGUGAAGAACUCACAAGAUAUUUGUUUGUUCUUCAACUGAAACAGGACAUUCUGAGUGGCAAGUUGGAGUGUCCCUUUGAAACAGCAGUACAGCUGGCAGCCUACACGUUACAGGCUGAACUUGGUGACUAUGACCCUGCUGAGCAUAUCCCUGACAUAGUGUCGGAAUUCAGGUUUGUUCCCAAUCAAACUGAAGAGAUGGAACUGGCCAUUUUUGAGAAGUGGAAGGAAUACAGGGGGCAAACACCAGCUCAGGCAGAAACAAAUUAUUUGAACAAAGCAAAAUGGCUUGAAAUGUAUGGAGUAGACAUGCAUAUAGUCAAGGCAAGAGAUGGUAAUGAUUACAGCCUUGGACUAACACCGACAGGAGUUCUUGUGUUCGAAGGAGAGACCAAGAUUGGAUUGUUUUUCUGGCCAAAGAUCACAAGACUGGACUUCAAAAAGAAUAAGCUAACACUAGUGGUGGUUGAAGAUGAUGAACAGGGAAAGGAGCAGGAACACACUUUUGUCUUUAGGCUGGAUCACCCGAAGGCCUGCAAACACUUGUGGAAAUGUGCAGUCGAGCAUCAUGCCUUCUUCCGCCUUCGUGGACCCGUCCAGAAAGGUUCCAGUCGAUCAAGCUUCAUUCGGCUGGGGUCACGGUUCAGAUACAGCGGGAAAACAGAGUACCAAACAACAAAGACCAACAAAGCCAGACGAUCCGCAUCUUUUGAAAGAAGACCUAGCAAAAGAUACUCAAGGAGGACAUUACAAAUGAGAGCAAACAUUGCCAAACCAGAGGAAACUAGCCUUCCAAAUAAUGUUUUCAGCCAAAAUAAUGGAUCACAGCAAAACUGGAGUACGAUGACAGCCCUGCCCUCUGGAACUGCACUUUCUUCUGGUCCAGUAUUAGUUGAAAUAGAAAAGCUCCCAAGGAGUCCUGGAACCAGCCAACAAGACAAGAAAUGCCUGCCUGUGAUUGCUGACUUACUGGAUAACAAGGAGUUGUUGGAAACAUGUGUUGACAGUGUUGCUGGUUUCCCUCCCGGAGACCUAGUUGAAGUUCUGGAAGAGGCAGAACGCUCUUUCUCUCCUCAUGGUACCAGAGAACUCUCUGAGAAACCAGAUCCUGUUGCUGUUGAAGAUGCAUCAUUGAAACUGAAACAGUUAGAAGCAGAGCUCAGCCCAGUUCUGAUUUCCCCAUCCAGCAUAAAUAUCAAUGUCAACAAACAGGUAGAAGUGGUGAAACUGACUGAGAAAUGCCUCAACAAUGCCAUUGAGAGCCCAGCUCCCUCUUCGGCCAGGCCACCUCCCGACAUCAAGAGCAACAUUCUGAAGGCCCAGGCAGAGGCAGGACACAAAGUCACAAGGGAGGAUAGCAUGUCUAGCAACAAGAAUACUAACAUUCAAGAUGCUGUUACCAGGAGUAUUCUUCUGUCAGGAAGAGUUCAGAACAGUCCUCUACGAACUCAGAGCCCAGUGUUCCAGGAGCGCAGAGAGGGGCUGAAAGCAAUCCCAGUCUCAAAUGCCUUCAUUCUGAAUGAAUUAAAUGCAGACAGCCAUCCCUCCACCCCUGAAGAUUCUUUGGGUCUUCACAAUCUGGCCCCCAUAGAGGAAGCUGUAGCUGCAAAGAAUCUACCAGAGGACAUGGACAUUCUGUUAACACCACAGGCAGAGAAUUUAAUUGACUUUACUGAAGCCAUGCCUCGGGUGUCUUCUCCGCCAACAAUUGUUCCAAGGUGGUUAGUGCCAAGUGGGCUAGUUUCCAAUGGGCCUUUGGGCAAUGAAGCUGCCUUAGCUCAUAAGGCAACCAGAGGAAGCACUGAAGCUUUGUUCGUCUCAGCUGGCUCUCCUCCGCCGCUGUACUCCACUGAAAUCCUGCCCAGUCCUGUCCCCGAAGAUGCUACCACAAGGCCGAAAUGUUUACUCACCACUGAACUCUGAGCAGCGGCAAGUCCAUCUUCCUACCACGUCCAAGGAGGCCCUGGAAAGGACGUCCAUGAAACUCACUAACAAUCUGACCGUGGCUAAAAUGCCUGACUUUAUUUCAUUCUUUUUUUAACCGUCAAACUUUGUAACUGGAAUUAUAAGACGAAGAGCUGCUGGGAAGCCCUGAGCACUUCCUGUGAAAUACACUGGAACAAAUGCUGACAUGUAACAAGGUUUCCAUCCAGAGUAGUGCUUGGUGUUGCCAGAAUUUCGUAUUGCUGUAUAGAUGUAAAUUGAAAAUGGUCAUUGUGAUGAACUGGUUACUUUUGUCUAACUGAGGAAAUCUGAAUCUAGUAAAGGAAAUGAUUAGAGCUUCUAUGGCCACCUCCAGGCUGUUGGGUUAAAGAAAAUACUAGUAGUGGCAAAAAACAAAACAAAACAAAA